AAAUAGGCUAUUUAAUUUAUUUAGGAUUUUAUCAAUUGGAUCUCGCAGGAUAUGUUGUCAGUUUUAGGGUUAAACAAACCACAUUUAUACAGGUGCAUAUCUUCAUGAACAUUUUGUUGCAAUCUAAUUUAAUAAUAACAAUUAGUCAAAUUAAAUAGCUAAUUCGAUAAAAAUAAAAUAUCAGACUUCGUAUUUUGUAUUAUUACCAACACAUUAACAACAUUCAUUGAACAAAAUUAACUAUUUCAAAGCACUUUACAGGCUUUUACAUAUGAAAAAGCAGAUUUGAUAAACAGUCGCUGACGGCACAUCUGUGACGCCACACUUCAUCCGGGUCCUCCGCGCCUCGGCCAUGACGUCACGGGGUCCAGGAAUGGCGGCGCUGUCUGCAGAGGGAAGCAGCCCAAAGAGCCCGAAACUUUCUUCCUAACAUCACCCAGCGGCCUCACGAGCUCCACCGCCCCGCCGACGGCCGUACCCGCCUUCUAAAGAGCCCGCGCGACGGCGGAACCCGCUCUCGACGCCGUUACCGCCGAAUUCCGACGUUCAAGCCCCUAUUAGUUUGGUUGACUUUGCGAGGGCCAAAAGACAACAGCAAAGACAGCGACUAACGGUACAUAAAAACAACAACAAAGCACCCCGAAACAUCCUCUUUCGAGUCCGUCCGUUUCACGGAAGGAGCUCGUUUGUGUUUUGCUAGUUUCUCGUCUUGCUCGUCCACCGCAAGGCUCGACACUGGCCCGAUAAGGCGAAGAAAACCAGCCACCAGCUGCGGGUUUGAUGCCACGAUGGAGAGUUUAACACUGAGCGAUGUCGAGCAGAAAUAUUACUCUGAACUCUUCCUCUCCUGCGAUGUGGACAACGCCAAAAAAGUGGCUUCCAAUGGCAAAGUUCUGGAGCUCUUCCGGGCGGCCCAGCUCUCAAACGAAGUGGUCCUUCAGAUUACUGAGCUUUGCGGGGCCACACGUCUGGGCCAUUUUGGCCGGAGUCAGUUCUACAUUGCACUGAAGCUCAUUGCACUGGCCCAGUCUGGACUGCCCCUGCGCCUCGAGAGCCUGAACACUGUCAGGGAUCUACCCCUUCCUCGCUUUGUGAUGGGCAAGAACGAGCAGGAGACGAGGCACAUGGUAAUGUUCACAGACGCAGAGAAUCAGGGGCCCUUCCUCCCCAGACCUCCGGGCCGAGUGCAAGCCAAAAAAGUGUCAGCGCACGAGAUGAUUCAGCCCUGUGUGCCCACUGCUGAUCCUCAGCCGGACACCACAUCUCCUGUAGUGUCUCCACACCAGUCCCCUCCGACUUCACCCCUUGCCUGGAGGAAGCACAAGCGACAGGCCAGUGGUGGAAACGUGGACAGGCAGCCCUCUGUGCCAGGAGUUGUUUGGCCACAUUUUAGAGAAGCACAGCCAGGACCAGUUCCAGGUGACGGGAUGUGGUCGGCUCAUUCACCUCCUCCAGUCCAGGAAAGUUGGGUCAGCUUUACAGACACACCUCCCUCCAGCACACUUCCAAUGCAUCCUCCCUCAGCUCAGACGGAGAGCUCAACAGUACGGACUGUGCCAUCUGCAAUGACCACAAAUGAAAUCCAAAGACAGACCAGUGGUUACGACGACCCCUGGAAAAUCACAGAUGAGCAAAGACAGUAUUACAUAAACCAGUUCAAGACCAUUCAAGCAGAUCUAACUGGUUUAAUCCCAGGCUCUGCCGCAAAAGAAUUCUUUACAAAGUCAAAACUGCCUAUUCUAGAACUGUCUCACAUUUGGGAGCUAUCAGAUUUCGAUAAAGAUGGUGCACUGACCCUGGAUGAGUUCUGUGCUGCAUUUCAUCUUGUGGUCGCAAGGAAAAAUGGUUAUGACCUUCCUGAAAAGCUCCCCGAGAGCCUAAUGCCAAAGCUUAUUGACUUGGAUGACUCAGCGGGAGUUCCAGAACCUGCUCCUGAGGUGGGCUUCUCUGCUUCCCCUGUCGAGGUCACUCCAAAUAAAUCUCCUUCCAUGCCUUCCCUCAACCAGAAUUGGCCUGAGCUCAACCAGAGCAAUGAGCAGUGGGAGACUUUUAGCGAACGCUCCUCAAGCUCACAAACUCUGACCCAAUUUGAUUCUAACAUUGCACCAGCUGACCCUGAUACAGCAAUAGUUCACCCUGUGCCCAUCCGUAUGACGCCCAGCAAGAUCCACAUGCAAGAGAUGGAGCUCAAGAGAACUGGAAGUGAUCACACACAUCCAACAAGUCCAUUGAUGACAAAACCCCCAGAACUGUCUGAUGAGACUAAGCUAGCAGCAGCUAUUAAGUUUCCUGGUACCGCUGUCGGAGAUGGAUAUAGCAGCUCAGAUUCGUUUACAUCCGAUCAAGAGCCAAUUUCCAGCGCUGUGAACAGGCAAAGGUCUCACUCUGGCACGUCUCCAGAAGGACUGAAGGUUGUGGCUCCGCCUCCUCCUCCACCCCGCCCACACGCCUCUCACUCACGCUCCUCCUCUCUAGACAUGAACAGAAACUUCGCUGCUGUCCCUGCAGCAGGUUCCCAGCAGGCAGGAGUAGUGGCCUUUCCUCCAGCAGUGCCUCCACGACCACUGCCCACACAGACAUCAGUGCCACAUGGUCAUCGUUCGGUAGAGGGAGAUGGUCUUCCAGCACACACCAGCACGUCGCCCCAGCAAAUGCCAGAACAGCCCAACUUUGCUGACUUUAGCCAGUUCAAGGCUUUUGCUGUGGACCAGCCAGCAGAUGAUGGGGAGAAUCCAUCUGACGGUGGACAGGCAGAAAGAUUGCCAGAAGCUGCCGGGACGAUGAGAACAGCAAAGAACGACGUUCAAGCCGAAGAACGAAAUGCAACCACUGUCAACUCUGCCAAAGUAUCCACUCCAUUGGCCCCGCCUCCUAAACCCGUCCGUCGAAGACUGAAGUCAGAAGAUGAGCUCAGACCAGAUGUGGACGACCUUCCUCAAAAGUCUAACGUCAUAGCCACUGUUCUAGCAACACAGCCCUCAAUUCCUCGGUCUCUCGGUAAAGACAAAAAGGCCAUUCAGGCUUCCAUUAGAAGAAACAAAGAAACGAAUACGGUUUUAGCCAGACUCAACAGUGAAUUACAGCAACAACUGAAGGACCUGCUAGAAGAAAGAAUAUCGCUUGAAGUGCAACUGGAACAGCUUAGACCUUUUUCGCAUUUGUAACCAGUGUGUGCAAGCUUCAGAUUGAAUGUUUGUGUGUAUGAAAGAAUGGUCACCCCAUUUUUUUCCCCUUCUUUUUACUUGUUUGUUGUGUUGUUUUUUUUGAGUGGUCUGUUGGAUCCUCUGGCAGGAUGUCCAUUUCACCCAUCUCUGCUCCUCUGUAAGACUGUGAGAGAACAGACUAAAAUCGCUGCUUCCUCCAGAUUCAGUUCUGUCUUGUGCAGCCCAUUCAGAGGAACAGAGUCCAGAAACAUUGUCCAUUAUGGCACUUUGAUGAAACAGAAUGUUUGAGUGGUUGUAUGUGUAAAGCUCCAGAAAUCACAAGUUAUCUUUAGCUUGUGAAGCCUGACGUCAUGGCCGGCAGCAGGCUGUAAUUCUGGUUAACAUGAAGGAGCCUCUUCCCCUCCUGUUCUCCAGAGUCCCGGGGCAGCUUGUCACGUUCUUCCAUGUUCGAGGCACCCGUGUGUGCGCUCAGACAAUCAUUUUAGGCCAUGCACUGGUCAUAUAAAGGGGAGAACUCAUUUCUUUGGGAGAUCAUUUUAUUUUAGGAGUAUGCUUCGGAAAAUCGGUUCUGACAGGCACUUGUUAGAUGGAUAGUUCAACCCCGGAAAUAAUUAUUUUGUUUUUAUUUAACUCAUCAUCCUUUCGCUUCAACCCAGUUUAAGUUUCUGUUGGACACAAAACGAGAUAUUUUCGCAUACUAUUUUAUUUCCUACUAUAGAUGCCAGUGGAGCCAGUGGCUCUUCUUUUGUGUUCAACUGAAUAAUUAAACUCCUGAGGGUUUGGAAACAUUUAAGGGUGAGCAAAUAAUGAGCAAAUUUUAAUUUUUGGGGUCAAACAUCCCUUUAAGUGGAGAGUUCAAUCUGAAAUGAUAAUUCUUUUAUUUGUCCUUAUGUCAUAACAAACAUUUAUUAUUAUUAUUUUGGAUAAUAUUUUUAAGGUAAAGAAAAAAAUUAUAAUGAUUGAUGUUGGCAAGCUCCACAAAUGCAAUGGAAGGAACAAAAAGUGAUCAAAAUUUUAGUUCUGAAAUAAAAUUGCUUUGUGCAAGAAACUUUUGCUCCAGUGAACUGCUGAUGUUGAAUUCAAAAUUGCUGAUUCUUUUUUUCAGAAUCAUCAGAAUCAUUGAAUCAAAAUCAAGUGAGUCAUUGAAUCAUUGCAAAUCAGACAGUGCUGCUGCUAUGAAAAAAAAAUUACCAAUAUUAUCUACUAAACUUUUUUUCCUUGCACAAAGCUAUUUUAUAUUAACAGUUCUAUAGUUUAUGAUCCAUUCAUUCCUCUCUUGUUUGUAGUCCCUCAUUUACUUUCAUUUUAGUAAAAAGAUUGGCUUCAGUAUUCUUCAAAAAGUGACUGAAGUCAUAGAGGUUUUGACAAAUUUGGGUCUUUAAGCAAAUGUCAGAAUUUUUAUUUUUGGUUGAACUGUCUGUUUAUAUCUCUACCUUGCCAUACGAGUGGACGGCAUGACUUAUGUAAGAGAGUUGGAGUACAACAGUUACCAGUGUAUGGCAUCAAACACAGCUUUUUCUUCUGUUAACAAACACAAACAAUCAAACGUGUACAGUUUUUUUUCUUCCCGGGAAGGCAGACUUUCCUCUCUUGGUCUCAAAAUCCGGUACAUCAUCAGAUUCAAUCCUGCAUCAUCAACUCUGUGACAUCAUCAGUACGUAAAAACACGAGACCUGAAACAGUGACUGCACUUUUCUUCCCUCCGGUGUCGUUUUGUUUGUCUUUACACGUCACAAUUUUUUGCAUGUCAUUCACAAUUUCAUUUUGUAAAGAAGCAACCCCCCCCCCUUCCCGAUAUGAACCACUUGAUUUGUAUCUGUAAUGUCUGAGCUAGUGUGACGUUUGUGUUGUUACAUAGACUUUGCUGCGUGUCUCUCAUUCAUUCGUUUGUUUUGACCGAUGUCCAUGUUUUCUUUUGCUCAUCCUUAAAGCCUUAUCUCCUGGUGUGCAGGUUUUCACAGUAAUGUCCCCCCCAUGUUAAAUCAAGGUGAGCCUUUCUCUCCCUGCUGUUCAGGCUGAUUUACUGUAUCAGGGGUAUGUUGUAUAUUGUAUUAUACACACCUUUUGAUCUCAUAUGUAAAUUUGCAUUAAUUGCUGACUAACAGCAAAUAUUCUAUUUAAUUGCUUAUAUAAUGGCUGUGGGAUUAUAAAUGUUUAACUGCAUGGAUGUGUCUCUGCAGAAUGAACUAGCAGCUGUGUGAUUUUUACACAAAAUAAAAAUGGCACAAUAUUUUAAUAA